UUUCUUUACUUUUUAUAUCCUUGUAAUAAAAGUAAUAUAGGUGUGUAUGUUUAGUAGAGAAAAAGAGGAAAGAAGAGAUUGAGAUACUGAACUUUAUGCCACUUGAAAUUGUUGAUAUUGGUCGACAUUCGAUGAUUUUGUCAGCGCCAAUUUCAUAUUCUAUCGAUAUUAAUUUUUAUUUGUAAUAAUAUUAGCAUAUUAGAAAUAAUAAGUAUAUUACAAUAAUAAAUAUUUGAUUUAAUUAAAAAUGAAGUUUAGAUGCAGAAUGGUGGACACAAAUGUCAUCCGGGAUUUUACAAAUAUUGUUAAUACUAUAUCACGAAUAGCGAAAUAUUGUGUUCUGCGAUUGACACCAAAUGAAUUAUGUUUCAUUGUCGGUGACAAACGGACACCUAUAUUAUGGGCUGUAUUUUCUCAACAAUAUUUCUUCACAGAGUAUAUUAUGGGUGGAGUAUCAAAGGAAGAAAAUGAAAUUUACCUGGAAUUUGAUGCUUCAAUGUUUGCUAGUAGUUUAAACGGCCUAAGAAUGGCAAAAAAUGUUAAAAUUAAAUUAACAAAUAAGCGACAACCUUGCCUGACAUUUGAUGUUGAUUUAUCUUCGCUGUCCAUCGACUCUCGACAAUGUACACACGACGUGCCAGUGAAACUCAUACCGCGCAAAGAAUGGCCGGAACACAAAAUGCCAGAUAUCUCAGAGUUUGAUAUAUCAAUAGAAAUGCCACAGCUAAAGCGUCUACGACACAUUGUAGAUAAAAUAAAAAAUAUGAGUUCACAAUUGAUUAUAACUGCCAAUAAACGUGGUGAAUUGACAUUAAAGAUUGAAAUGGACUCUGCUACUGUAACUACUUACUUUAAAAACUUACAAGUUUUAGAAAACAGACAAGAAGAGGCUAGUGAUAUCUGUGCGACUGUAAGUAUAAAGAAAUUGGCAAUGUUUUUGAAUUGGGACAUUCUCCUUCCAGACAGUGUUAAAUGUAAUAUACUGCAAGAGGAGAUGGUAAAAUUAACUUUAGAUGUGGGAGAUUAUAUUAAGAUACAUUACUUUAUACCAGCCAUUAUAUCUUAAGUAAUGAGAAAAACUCAAUCAUGUAUAUUAUUUAAAUACAAAAUAUAUGUAUAUA